AUGGAAGGGGAUGCGGUGAGAAAUGCCUUGAACAAUAUGCAUUUUUGCAGCUUCAUUUGUACAUAUGGAAAAAGUGAUAAUAUGGAGUGUGCUUCAUAUUCUUAAUACUUUUUAAUUUCUGUCUCACGUGCAUUCUGUCAAUCUGCUUUUUGAUAGAACACACUCAUUUAUCAGUUUUCUGCAGCUGAUAACCUUGCCCAAGGAAGUCUGUUCUAUAACUAUUUUAACCUUUACAGCUAGAUGGUGCCUCUCUUACUGCAAAGCCUCCUCUCAAAGGAAAGUGUCCGUUUCAGUCCUCACUAGAGCACAGUGGCCGUUCGACCUCUGCGGACACUCAGAGGUUUUACCCUAAAGCAGUGGUGAUGGGAGUUGUAGUCCCAAAACAGCUGGAGGGCCAAGUUUGGCCAUCACUGCCCUAAAGAAUACAGCUUGCAUACUUUUAACCCCUAUUAAAAUACAGAUGAGAGUUCACUGUUCUUCCUGCGGCAGUUAACAGUCAUCUGUAUUUAACACCAGACCUUAUUUGAUUGCUAAAGGCUAUGACAAAUACUUCCAACUAAAGCAUCAUCUUCAAAGAGCACCUGAUUAAUGAAAGAUCAUGGUGCUGCGUUGUAAAUUAAUGGCAUUUUGUUCCAGCCCAAUAAUGGGAAUUGGAGCUAUAAGCUGGUUUCAUUUUAGGCAUUGGUAUUUUUGAUGCUGUUGUACCAGAUAUAUUAAAUUUUAAUGUCUCUGUGUUUAUUUGGAAUUUUUGUGGUUAAGUUAAAAAAAAGAGGAGUGGUAGUUCAUGUUAAACCAUGCUUAGAGCCAGAACUACUAUAUACAGACCCAGAUGGUAGAUUGUUAAUAGUUAAAAUAAAACACCAAGGGGAAAUAAUUUAUGUAACAGGAGUCUAUGCACCUAACCAGAAUAAAAGGGAAUUCUUCAAGAAGAUUGAAAAAAAGAUGUUGGAAUAUUUGGAAGGAAAAAUAAUAUUACUGGGAGAUUUAAAUGGAGUCACCAAUCCACAAUUGGAUAGAUCAGGAGAAGGAAAUAAACAAGGGAAACUACCCCCUACCUUUUUUUUUUUUAAUUGCAGUAAAAUUUCAAUUAAGGGAGAAUGAGUCAGCAAGUUAUCCACUUCCUCCCCUUCCCCCACCGCCCCACACCCUUUGUAUUUCAGAGCAGGAUCACUGAGACAAUGUCACUGGGGAAAAGCCAAGAGAGCAGGAGGCCUUUCAAGGAGCCCCUGGGAACGGAAGUGGGCUCUACUCGUGUGAUCACCAUUGUUUUUAUCGCACUCCUCAUAGACUUGUUGGGGUUCACCCUCAUCCUGCCUCUCCUUCCUUCAAUUCUUGACCAUUACAGCAAUAAUAAUGUAAGUAAGACCUAAGCCACAUUUACCCAAAACACUCGCAAUAAACAUGUAAAAUAUGAUGGGAUGCCACCAUGGCAUGAUUGUGCUAUGGCAGUCCUUGAAACUCACAUCUCUGUAAAGAGUGUGUGCUCUAACGAUAAUGUACCACUUUAGUCCAGGUGCCAAAGUGGUCCACCUGGAAUUUUGGUGUGCCAAACAUCCUAUCUUCUGUAUACAGUGGUACCUCGGGUUACAUACGCUUCAGGUUACAGACUCCGCUAACCCUGAAAUAGUACUUUGGUUUAAGAACUUUGCUUCAGGAUGAAAAGAGAAAUCGUGCUCUGGCGGCGCGGAAGCAGCAGGAGGCCCCAUAACCUAAAGUGGUCUUCAGGUUAAGAACAGUUUCAGGUUAAGAACGGACCUCCGGAACGAAUUAAGUACUUAACCCAAGGUACCACUGUAUGCAGAUGCCUAAACCAGACAAUGCCUCUAUGUAACCUCUGGGCAAUUUGAAAUGUUUGGGUUCAGUGUUUUGGUAUCUGAGUGAACCAGCAUUGCUCAUGGAGCAUGUGUUACUGCUUAAAAACAACAACUUUUCAGGCAACAAUAAAUGUUUAGAGUUCAUAGUAAGUGCUCUAGCACAUCUGUGUCUUAGGUGAAAACUUAAGACAGGUUUUGAUGUAACUCUAAACUAGUACGGUAAUACUGCAGCGAAUAGUAACUGUUAGUGUUUUUUUUAAAGCUGGUCUUGUUAUCUUCCAGUGGGGAGAUUUCAGACUUGUGACGGUUAGUUUCGUUCUUCACUCCAUGUUGCUGACUGUAGGAAGGCAAUGCAGGAAGCCCUUGUAUUACUCUGAUUGGAUGUGAAGCAUAGGAUUAGUAAAAGCAGAACGUGACAAGUUCCUUCUUCCCCUUGUGAUGUGGCAUAAAUAACGGAGAGUGUGAGAGUGUGGUUAAGCUAUUCUCUUUCUUUCCAGUGGCUUGUCUGUCUCUGAACCACUAAGAUGUUAAAUGAUAGUCCAAAUGUUACAGAGCCUGCUGAGGUCUGAGGGCAGUUAAUGCUUUCUGCCUAUUAAAGCAAGUGUUUCUAAAAACAUUGAUUGUGGUUACUUUUUGCACAUGACAAGAACUAGAAAAAAUAAUUGCGGAAUAAUUGCACGUGGUAGGCAGCUCUCAGGCUGACUAUGGUUGCUCCCCUGUCCUCCCCUGAAUUUAUCCCUCCCGUGCAUGUUUUCUUCCACAGGAUAGUUUCUACAUGACGUUGCAGCACGGGGUGGACUGGUUCAGUGAAGUGGUUCAAGUGCCUUCUGAAAGGAAAUACAACAGUGUCUUAUUUGGAGGUAUGAAUGAAGUUUCAAUAUAGGAGUCUUAGGUUUGCUCACAGUUUGCAUGAAGCGCAGGACCAUAUAAAUCUGGCAUUAAAUGCAAUUAAGCCAUCUUAAUCAUGCAUGGGAAAUACUUCCUCAUGCUUUCAGGUGGGUCCUGAGGACAACAGCCCAAAAUGUUUAGGAUCCAUUGCAGCCUUCAAAAUGUAAUGUGUGGUAUGGCUCACACGUGAACAUGGCUGUGAAGGAUUGACCUUGAUGCUGGCAGAUCCAGAUUGCAUUUUAAUUUUCCAUAUUUUGCAGGUCUGAUUGGCUCCAUAUUUUCCAUCCUUCAGUUCUUCUCCUCUCCACUUACUGGUGCCACGUCUGAUUACUUUGGGAGACGGCCGAUCAUGUUGUUGACUGUGGUAUGUCUGUUGACAGGACUAAAGAAUGUGCAGUGUAGAUCGGUUACAUGAUCUAAGUAACCCCAGCUAAACUCAGGCAGCCCUUUUCCAUUAUGCACUGGGUGUUGUGUGAGUCAAACCAUUACAUUUUCUGGAUUAGUUCUGGUCAGGCUGAAUUCAUCUUGCAAGGUUGAGUUGCACAGGUAAUAAGUAGGGCAAAAUCAUAGUUGUUUUUUAAAACUCAGCCAAUUCAGCAUGAGCUGGCUGUUCCUCUGGUGCGCACACACAGGCCUUGAGCUUUUCCUACGUGUUCUCCUCCACUGAGGAACACUUCGCCAUUUCCUCUGGCACAGGCUGUUCUUUUUGUACAUUCACAUGCACCUCCCAUUACUCUCUUCCACAAGUGGAGAACUCUAUCAGCAGCAGCACCUCAGCUCCAGCCACCUCCAGCUUCUCCAAGGUUUUGUCCUUGGCUACUGACUGCGUCUCUUCAAAGUCCAAGCCCCUCCGCUGCCCAUCCACACUCUGGAUCUCUUCCAGCGGGGCUCCUGAGUCACUUUCAACCCCCUGUAGCAUUUCACCCGGCAGGGCCCUCACCUCGCGUGGAGUCACGCUUUCCUCUCCACUGAGGCUUCUCACACACACUGCUUGCAGCUGUCAGUUGAACCACUGGUUUUGCCGCUCCAUCCAUUGCUGGCUUUGCUGCUCCAGGAAUGCUGCCGUUCCUCCAUUUCGGCUCAGAUUCUUGCUUACAGGUUCUUCAGGGAGCAUGAAUCCCACUUCUGACAGCAUUGUUGCACGCCAUCCUAAUCUCCAAGCAAUGUGAGGUUCCAGGCGCUUAACCAGGGAUUGUGUUUCCUUCAGGAUGAGGUACAGGAGAGGCUCUGGGGUCUUUAUGGGAUAUGGUGUGUGUGUGUAUACACAACCUGAGCCUACCAUGGGUAUGGGGGCGUGUCUGCAGUAUCAACACCUUAGCUUUGGAUUCAAACAUAAAUCAAACAUUGCUGUGACUCUCCCUCCACUUUGCUGCUUUGCUUCUAGCUCACAUCACUCCAAAACUCUCUGCUGUCAAUUCUGGGUUUGUGCUUCUAUCUAACUGCGACUUGGGAGAGGAGGCCCCACCCAUUUGCUAUCUCACACAGAGCCCCUUCCUUUGUUCUCUUUAUGGCCCUUCACCCAGGCUCUCAACUCAAUGGGAAGCCAGCCUGGCUUGUAUUUCCACACUUGCUGGAUUAAGAGGGUCUUUGCUUACAGCCUACUCCCCUGCCCCAAACUUAUAACUAUAUGUAUUUAUGGGGCAGAAUCCUACAAGACCUCAUCAUCUUCUCCUCCCCGCUGCAGCCCUCUGCACAUGCCACCAGAAUCUGUGCUUUACUUUUCAUUUAAAGAAAGGAGAAGGAAUAUAUUUGUUCACACACAAGCGCGCACAUGCACACACACACCCCCCAGUACAUAGCAACUUUCCUGAUUCCUUUUAAUGAAGUGAAGAAAAUGACUAAUUUAUCAAGUAGCAGGAAGGAAGGAGAUGGGGAUGAGAGCAAGUAUUGGGGGUAGGAUGAGUGAGUGAUCCAAAGGGCGGGGGGCAUCUUUCCCUGGGCUCCCUUCAGCCUGGCAGUGCUGUUGAUUCCAUCUUACAAUAAACAGCUGUGUAUUGCCUUGCCUUUAGGCUAGAAGAGAAAAGUGUCUAUGCCAGCUGAAAAAGCUGCUAUUCUUUGCAGCAUCAGAGAUGUUUUAGAUAACCUUCAUGAUUUCUGCUGCUUGAAGAUUGCUGAAUACACAAGCUUGGACAACCCCAAUAUGUGUGAAAAUUCUCUUCAAUACUGCUUCUAUGUGCUUAUGAAUUGGUCUGCAUAUGGCCAGUAAUUGUCCUAGGUUUUUUUUCCUCCUCAAACUUUUAUUCUGAAUAAGUAACCUGGAAUUUCUCUUUAGCUUCCCAAAUUGGGUUCAAUAAAGAAUCCAAUAACAGUAUUCUUUUGAGAAAACAUGAGGUUCCCCCCCCAUUUUUUAGUUUAGGUUCAGUUUAGCUUCCCCUGUGUAAUACUGUAGGUCCAAGGGGGAGUGCUUACAUUUUCUUGUGCUUUCUAAAUUCCAUUAUUUUCAUAACAUAUGUACCUUCUUAUUUCUGUAGAUUGGUAUGAUAGCAUCAUAUUCCUUGUGGGCCAUUUCCAGGAGCUUUGAGCUAUUCAUUUUCUCCAGAAUUCUCGGUGGAAUAAGCAAAGGGAAUGUCAGCCUCUCCACUGCAAUAAUUGCUGACUUGCAGAGUCCAAAAGCUCGAAGCAAAGGCAUGGUGAGUUAACGGCCUGGUGUGAGCCUUUGAUCAGGAUCUUUGCUGUUUAAUUUUUGAUCAACCACAUGGAUGUGAAUGUGUUCCACAUACAGAGUGGGAUGGGAUGAGAUGCAACAGUGACAUGAACAUGGACAUUCCCAUGUUUUGUUUGCCCAAUACUAGGCUAGGAAUGUUAGGUGCCAUUUCCCCCAGAAUCCCAAGGGGUGGUGGUGGUUAGAAUUCUCCCGUCACAGUCCAACCUGACUUCAGCCUAAACUUCAUGCUUCUUUCUAUCCAGUAGAAAAAUUGCAGAUUCCAGGUGGUAUCCAAUGCAGUGCAAGGACUUCUGCCUGCACAACGGAACGCCCUCCCUCUCUUCUCCCUCUGCCUAAAUGUGUUCUGGAGUUUUGCCCCCGACCCUCUGUAGCAAGUUUGGGGACUGUGGGAGGGGAGUAUGGGGAGGCACAGGUAGUGGCCGUGGUGGCAGCCCUGGCUCUGUCUCAGGGAAGAAGACGCAGCUCCCCUUCACGCCCCACACCAAGAAACUGGGCCCAGCUCGGCACUCGGCCUCCUCCACUCCCUCAAUAUUAGGGGAGUUGAGCCCCCUGCUAAACAAUCUUGAGGGGGCUGAGGUGUCUUCAGCCCUAAGGAGCAGGUGCCUAUGCUCUCAAGACAGCUUACACAAUAUACAGUGGUACCGUAGGUUACAGACAGUUCAGGUUACAGACGCUUCAGGUUACAGACUCUGCUACCCCAGAAAUGGUACCUUGGGUUAAGAACUUUGCUUCAGGAUGAGAACAGAAAUUGUGCUCUGGCGGCACAGCGGGAGGCCCCAUUAGCUAAAGUGGUCUUCAGGUUAAGAACAGUUUCAGGUUAAGAACAGACCUCCGGAAUGAAUUAAGUUCCUAACCCAAGGUACCACUGUAUAAGCUUUAUCAGUACAACUUAAAAUAUCUUAAUAUGUGUUGCAUUUGUGCAAAGUGCAUACUUUCCCCAAUGAAACCAACAAAAUAUUAAGAACAAAUUUCUCAGGAAAGUGCUCUUGUUCCCCAACGGGACCCCAGCUGCUCUUCUUCGUGCUGAAGCUGAUGUGACAACAAUGCAGGCUAGAAUUGAUUACCUGUGCCUAAAUUAUGUGAAAAGACUUCAAUCUCUUUCGAAGGAGAGAUGCCCCACUAUGUCUUACACCAGGAGUGGCCAACUCCCGAGGGACUGCGAACUACUUUCAGAAUCAAAAUCUGACAGUGAUCUACCCCCCUUUUUAGGAGUUCAGGUCAAAGUUGUUGAACUUUGUUUAGGGAGGUGAAAUGCUCCAUUUUAAGCCCGUUUUUGGGGUCCCAUUUUUGGGGGGGACUUUUAAGGGGGGAUGGACGCGGGUGGCGCUGUGGGUAAAACCUCAGUGCCUAGGGCUUGCUGAUCGUAUGGUCGGCGGUUCGAAUCCCCGCGGCGGGGUGAGCUCCCGUCGUUCGGUCCCAGCUCCUGCCCACCUAGCGGUUCGAAAGCACUCCUAAGUGCAAGUAGAUAAAUAGGUACCGCUUUAUAGCGGGAAGGUAAACGGCGUUUCCGUGUGCUACGCUGGUGCUGGCUCGCCAGAGCAGCUUCGUCACGCUGGCCACGUGACCCGGAAGUGUCUCCGGACAGCGCUGGCUCCCGGCCUCUUAAGUGAGAUGGGCGCACAACCCUAGAGUUGGACUCGACUGGCCCGUAUGGGCAGGGGUACCUUUACCUUUACCUUUAAGGGGGGAGGGGAUUAGUCACUCUCCAUCUUCCAUUACAGAUAUCAGGAGAAAAUACAGGCAAGGGGAAGGGGGCGGGGGCUGGGUGCUCUUGGGCAAAAGCAAAGGAAAAUGAGCCCGCGAUCAACAGCGAUCGACUGCAACCUCCGGGGAUUGACCAGUCGAUCCUGAUUGACCUGUUGGACAUCCCUGUCUUACACAGAACGGGAACAGACCAAAUGCUGGAAGGCUGGCGUCCAACGCCUCUUGUCCCAAUAUCAAUUACAAGAUCUUCAGGUGACCCUGAAGAUGGAUAAGAGGCACUUAAGAGACUGUCUCUUUAGGUCCGAUGCAGAAAGGGAUCUAGCCAUGGUUGCUUCUACCAAGAGCUCACCAUGGUUCCUGCUUAUCAAAACGGAGCAUGCCUGAGCCAGAUACCUGACAAAACUCCCACUUGCCAUACUAAGAAUCGCUUUUACAGAACUACGAUUCCAGUUGAUGCCCUCGGUGGUGUUGGAUGGACGGUACGGCAAAGUAUGUUACGAAGAGAGACUCUGUCUGUGUGGACAACCCUGCGUCGAGGACCUGUGCCAUUAUUUAUUGCAGUGCCCGUUAUAUAUAGACCCAACAGACCGAUUUAUAAAACCCCUGUUUAUGAAUGGAACACAUUUGAAUAGGGUGGAAAGGGUAAAAUGGCUACUGAGCAACACCGACGACUUUGUUACUUAUAAAGUAGCACUCUGUGCGCUGGCAGCUAAGAAGAUCAGCAUGAAGGAACUAGAUAAAAUAGCAGUCAACUGCAAAGGGGAUUCGGAUAUUUAAUUUGGCACAUCUUACCUGAGAAUUUUCUGCUAUUCUGUUCUAUUUAAUGCAACAAAUAAUUUUAGUAGCCGUGACCGUGGUUUUAUUGUAUGUCUGUGCCCAGUGAUUUUUAUGGUUAUUGCUGUUGUUGUUUUUUGUUCUCCUUCUGAAUGAUGCCAUGGCCUAUGGCUAGGGCAAUAAAAAGUUUAAUUGGUAUUGGUAACAAAAUAUUAAGUUAUUAUUGAGAAAGAUGAAUGUGUAAUUAUGGGUAUCUAUGUUUCAAAUAGUAAAUGUGCGUAUUUGCUGCUCUGGAAGCUCUAGUAGAGUUGAAGGAGGAGAGAAAUGCUACUAAAUAAGUAUUACCCUUGUUUCCCUAGGCAAUGAUUGGCGUUGCUUUCUCUUUGGGCUUUACCUUUGGGCCUAUGCUUGGAGCAUACCUCUCCAUGGAAAAAGAGAAGGGAGAAAUCUUCUAUGUUCGGUCUGCUAUGUUUGCUGUCAUGUUUGCAGUGAUUGACUUGGCUUUCGUCUUCAUGUUGUUGCCAGAGACACUCCCCAAAGAAAAACGGGUAACAUGUUCUAGAGAUAGAUAGUCGCCAUCUUGCUCUUAACAGAACAUCAGGAAACCAGUGCCUCCAUUUUUAAGCAGAAUCUGGCCCAAAUAAAUUGUCUCACUCUGCUUUAUAGUUUCAAAACAGGUCUGGAGCUCCAUGUAUGCUUGUUACUGGCAAGUGGCAAGUUAUCUUCCUUAUGUUCCAUUAAGUGGAAUUGCACAAGAAAUGCAGAAGAACACAUAGUCCUCAAGGGCAGAAUUUAUUUACUGCAUUCAAGUCCCAUCUCCCCUCCAAAGAGUACAGUUCCCCCCCCCUUCCCAUUUAAUCACCACAUCAAAACUUGAGAUAGGUUAGGCUAAGAGAGAGCAAGCCCACGGUCACCCCAUGAGCUUCAUGGCAGAGAAGGGAUCCAAACUUUGGUCUCCCAAGUUCUAGUCUAGCAGCCAAACCACCACGUAAUGCUAUCUUUAUUGCCCUAGUUGGAGCAUGGGAUAUGGAUGGCAAAGGCGGACUGGGUUAAGUGGUCCAAGUCACUAAAGUCAAAGUAGCAAAUACGAUUUUAAUGGUUCUCCAUUAAUUUUGCAAAUGCUUAAGAUAGUUUUUUAAUUAAUCUUGAUCCUUCCAAGAGCUGCUUUGAGCUACUUGGCUUAUUAGUGCUAAGAAAUUAUCAAGUGUCAUGUUACUUUAAUUCUGGACAGAAAAGGCACACGUUGAGAGAAAUGAUUAACAAACAUAGUUUAGGCCUUGGAAGUGUGCGAGUGGCUGUGUGUGAGUGUGUGUUUGUGUGGUGUCAGAUGGUGGGCGUCAGCUCUAACCAUUAGCAAAGUGAAGCAGCUGCCAGAUGGAUGGUGUAUUGCCUACUGUUAGGGAGGAAGACAGAGGACUGUGGGAUUUUUCUGCUUCAGGUGUCAAAGUUGGUUGACCUCGGUCACUAUGCACCUUCAUUUGCCGAGGGACCCUUUGCUGCUCUGACAUUUCGUCAGCCCUGGUGUAGAUACAGGAAAAGUAAAGCUAGACUAAUUCCAAAAAGCCAUUGCUAGAGAAGUGUAGUCAUUUGAAUCUGGAAUCUCUCAGCCACCACAACCCCUGAAUCUGGGAUAUUAACCAGCACAUUUACAUGGUCCACUCCGGAACAAGUCCCUCAAAUCCAGUGGGGCUUAUUCCCAGGUAAGAGGGUAUAACAUUGUACCCUAAAGACUCCUUAAACCUGCUUUAUAGCACAAUUUUGUGCAGGGAUACUUUGACAUAAGUCCCAUUGGGUUCAGUGGACUCAGAAUUGCACCGGAGGCCCAGACAACUCUACAUGCAUAGUUGUUUGUUUCAGAUCUCCUGGGUAGCAUGCAGAAGCUGGAAAAGUCUCUCUCCCUUGCUAUUCCUUUCCUCUACAUAUGAUGAAAAUAACUGGAUGUAGCUAUAGUGUCAUUUUAAAACAAAUACUUACGAGUGCAUUGUACAAGCAGAAUUGGGAAAUGGUUGUUUGAGAUCACCAACUGAAUUUAGAACAAUGUGGGUAACAGAUAAAAUUCUGAUUUGGUCUAUGCAACUUUAAAAGAAAAAUGUGUGAAAAUAAAUAUCAAAUGUUAUACUAUCACAAACUAGAUCUAUAAACCAGGACAAAAUGGGAGAGAGAUUUUUCAAAAUAAAAAUAAAAAUGAAGCUUUCUGCACCAUUGGUGGGGUUGUCCCAAAGUGGAAAACUAUUAAAGGACAUAAAAUAAAAUUUAAAAGUAAAAAUUGUUUUAAGACCCAAGCUUUUAAAAAAUAUUUUUAUUGUUUCAUUAACCAGUACACUCAAAACAAUAAAUGAUAGCAAGAAUUAUAUAGCAUAAUAGAAUACCAAGGAAUAAAUGAAACGAAACUGGUUAUCUAAAUUAGUCCCUAUAUAACUCUCAAUUAGUAUGAGGCAGCCUUCUCUCUUUCCCAGUACUCUUUAUGUGUUAGAUAAAUUUCCGUUUAUUUAUACCUGUACAACCCAGGACUUUCAAAAUUUGGCUCCUAAGAUUUCCAGCCAGAGGAGACUCCCACAGUCUGCUUUUGCAGCAACAUGGGGUGGAAGUGUCGGUCUUGCUCAGGGGUCAGCAACCUUUUUCAGCCGUGGGCCGGUCCACUGUCCCUCAGACCUUGUGGGGGCCUGGACUAUAUUUUGGAGAGAAAAAAAUAUGAACGAAUUCCUAUGCCCCACAAAUAACCCAGAGAUGCAUUUUAAAUAAAAGGACACAUUCUCCUCAUGUAAAAACAUGCUGAUUUCCAGACCGUCCAUGGGCCAAAUUGAGAAGGCGAUUGGGCCACAUCCGGCCCCUGGGCUUUAGGUUGCCUACCCCUGGUCUUGCUCAUGCAGGUAGCACUAAAGUCCUGGUUUUGUGUGGCACGCAAAGCAGCUCAGUCACAGCCCCUUCAGACUCAAUUCUUUCCUUCUCCUUGUUUUGUUAGGUGUCCUCCAUUGUGUCGGGAUUCCAGUCAGCAGCUGGCCUGAUUAGUCCUCGGGCUCUGUUCCAGUUCUCUGCCGUCAGCCAAAAUAUGGAAACCUCUUCGAAAGAGAGCAAGUCCUUGAGCUUUUUGUUCUUCCUUUUAUUAUGAAGUUGCCUGUGCAUGUCAAAAUCCACUACCUUUUUCUCCUUUGCGCUAACCCUGAUGUUGCAAAAUGUUGUGUUGUCUUUCUUCACAAUGAGGCUUAGCCCUUUCCUGAAUAUAUUUGCAUAUCUGCACUUUUGCUUGAGAUUUGGCAGUCCUCCCAGUGAGCAAACUGGCUUGAGUUUAUGCAGCACAUAGCAUGAAAGAAUGAUUGCAGAGAUAUGCUUUGAGUGCGUAAGGCCUCUGCGUGCAUCAGCUUCUGUUAGUAACAUGAAAAUAUACUCUCUGACAUGUGGAAUGAAACAUGGAGUGCAAUAGAAAUAGGUUUUUUAAAAAAAACCACACACAACACAAUUCCAGUAAAAGGCACAUUUACUCUGAACUAGUAAUCACACCGGUAUUUUUCUUACCACACCUGCAUAGUAGGAUUAGUCAAGUACUGAAGCUUUCAAUACUUUUACAGAGAAAGCAUCUUAUCUCACCAUCUUUUAAAAUGUAUUUGUUUAAAACAUAUUUAUGCCACUUCUAAGACAUAUCAAGGUACAGCAUCUAAUGACCGUACUUUUCGCACCAUAACACUCAGUUUUCCCCCCCUAAAAGGUAAAGGGAAAUGUGUGUGCGCGUUAUGGAGCGAAUGCAGGCAGGAGGAGCUGCUCUUGCUGGCUGUUUGGCAGCCUCUCUUCCUCCGCUUGGCUUGCUGAGAAGCCGGCAACAGCUGAGCAACCGCUGAGUUUGGGGAGACAGCCUCUCUUUCUCCUGUCUGCCUGCUCUAGGGCUUUUUGGCGAGGUGGGAGAAGGGAGGCAGCUCGGAAACCGGCAAGAGCUGCGUGCAGCAUGUAAAAGCCAAGGUGGGGAAAGGGAGACAGCCUCUCUUUCUCAGUGUCUGCCUGCUCUAUGGCUCUCCCUUACACAAAUGUAAGCGGCUCUUACUCUGCUUUCUUUACAAUGAGCCGGAAGGAGGGACAAAGAGGGCAUCCCCUUCCGUCCCUCCCCCAGCACCUCACCGGUAAAUUCAAACAAAGCGGCUUACAAGGCUCGUGUCCCUGAGUCUCCUCCUCCUCUUUUUGCUCCGGUUCGAGGCAAGGCAGCUGCACAAAUGUGAGUUGCCCCCCCCCUUCCUUCCCUCCCUCUUCCAACUUCAAAAAUAGUGGGGGGACAGCCAGGUAAGCCCCACUCACAUACCACACUGGGGGGUGGGGGAUGACUCCCUCAAAUAUUUAAUGGGGGGGGUGAAGGCACCUAGGCCCAUAGGAGUUGGCUGCUUUGCCUAGGACAAAUGUGAGCUCUCCAUCUCUCUUCCCUCCCUCCCUCCCUCCCUCCCUCUUCCAACUUCAAUAAAAUAUUGGGGGGGGGGCAGGUACAGGUAAGCCCCAUCUCACAGACUGCAAUGAUCUCAAGACAAAGUGCAUGCACACUGGUACCUUAUAUGAAUGGCAAUGCUCAUCAGCAUGGGGGGAGGAUGACUCCCUCAAAUAUUUAAUGGGGGGGUGAAGGCACCUAGGCCUAUAGGAGUUGGCUGCUUUGCCUAGGACAAGUGUGAGCUCCCCUCCUCCUCUUCCUUCAUCACUGUAUUGGAGAUACCAUACAUUACUGACAGUUCCUUCAUUCACAUGGUUACAAAGCACAGAUCCAUGUGGAUCCUCAGGAUUUUUGCACUGGGUCACCCCAAAUUCACCAUCAGAUCACAUAGCAUGUCCAUGGCUACAGCUUGCACCAAAAAAAUCACGCACCCACUGUUGCCUGGGGCCGCAGUGGUGCAAAAACGUGGUUACAAAGCAUGGAUCCACAUGGAUCCUCAGGAUUUUUGCAUUGGGCUACUCCAAACUCACUGUCAGAUCACAUGUCUGUGGCCACAGCAUGAACCACAAAAAUCAUACAUCCACUGUUUCAUUUAGAAUAUUUUUUUUCUUGUUUUCCUCCUCUAAAAACUAUGUGCGUGUUAUGGUUGGGAGCGUGUUAUAGAGCGAAAAAUAUGGUAAUAUCCCCUUACGCAGGGGUUACGUUCCAGGGAUAGCGCAUGACACCAAAAUCACGUAUAGUCAAAGCGCAUUGGGUGCAGGAGUGGGUGCCUGUCCAGUGGGCCCGCAGAGAUGACCUAAGGCAUGGAAAGGUCAGGAAGGGGACAGAGGAGGAAGGGGCUGGAAACAGUGUGUAUAUGCAAGGAGCCAGUAUUACAUCUGCACUGGAUUUGUGUGUUGUAACAGCUUUUAGUCUUCCACAGCUGGAGCCAGAGCCCCAUCUGAGAUUUGCAAAGUCUAGAGCUGCUUUUUUGAAGGUUUUGAUUCUAUUGGUAUGGCCAUUCUGUUGGUAUGUUUACUUUUGUACUUGUUCUUAAGAAUGGAAUUUGAUGGUGGUGUUUUGUAACAGAUCUCAAGAUCCUAGGCCUGGUGUAUUUCCUGUAUCUUUUCCUGUUUUCUGGUCUGGAAUACACACUGAGCUUUCUUGUCCAUCAACACUUCCAAUUCAGCAGGUAUUUCGCAUGAUAUUUAUUUUAUUUGUCAAAAUAGUGAGCCUCACGAGACAUCAGUAUAAACAAAGUUCUGUCAUGGUGUUUACUCAGAUGACCUCUAUGUUUAAUUACAGUAUAAGAUGUCAUUCCCACUCCAAUCCAUCCCCAUAAUGUAGGCUCUGGUUGAGAAAACUCAUCUAGUGUUGCAGGCCAUUUUCUCUGGAAAUAUUUGUCCCGUUAGCUUGCAUAAAUCACCCAAAGUGGGAACUCAGCUGGCAGUCCUCUCUCAUAUGAGUGAACAUUCCUAUAACCAUUUUACUUACCUAUUUCCUUGAUACAUUUGAAUCAUGCUCUUCCAUCAAGGAUAUGUCUGACAAUUUAGCUCAGGCGUAGGCAAGCUUGGCCCUCCAGAUGUUUUGGGACUACAACUCCCAUCAUCCCUAGCUAACAGGACCAGUGGUCAGGGAUGAUGGGAAUUGUAGUCUCAAAACAUUUGGAGGGCCGAGUUUGCCUGUGCCUGAUUUAGCCUCUCUGCACCUCUGUUAGGCUGAGAGAGUUGCUUCCAAAGGCCAGUCACCAAGUUUCGUGACUGAGCAGGGAUUUGAACUCAUGCUUGCGCUCUUUUGGAACGUAGAGACGGCAUUCACCAGGUCUGAGAGAUCUCCUGUCAAGGUGCUCUGCUGCGGACCCAGGUGUAUGUGGCAGCUAAGUCUGGGAGGCUGCCUGCCUCUCCAAUUCCCUACAAUGUGCUAGUGCAACACUGCGUCAUGCAUUGCGUUAAAUUAUAACAUGGCAGGCACUUUCCCACACAGGCCCUGAUCCCAGAUAAGUCCACUCCUGGCGGGGCAGGAGGGGGACCCAGGCAGCUGCCGGUGCUCAUGGGCCCUGCUGGGGAACAUGAGGCCUGACAGCUGCUCAGUGCUAACACUGGUUCUCUCAGAUCUUUUGUUUCCCUCCAUUUCUGUCAUAUGAUUACAAUUUUUUUAUUGAUUUUUGCAAAUUUUAACAAUGUCAGCAAACAUAUGACGAUACAAACGUAACCCCCUCCCAAAGACAAGAAUAUUCCCAGACUGUCCUCAUUACUGUAUGAUUUUUGAGAGCUUAGUUUUUUAGGAUUCAUUGUUGGUAACUGAUUCCGUGUUGUUAGUGGUAAGGCGGCCCAAGAAGGCUUCCCUCUUGCAGGGACACCAGAAGCCGGGGGCAGCUUUUCAUUUCUGAAUGUGGAGAUGUUUUGGUGACCAGAGGUCAUUCCUGAGAGGCAAUUUGGUUUGUAAUGAUCAAGAGCUGCCCAGACACUUAAAUGUUUUUCAUUAUAAAAAUGUGAAUGGAGUCAGAUUUCAUCCACCACCACCACCACCCCCAGCAACACAUAGCUGUUGCCAGGUACUUAAAGGACUCAGCCCAUGACAUAAAUUUGCAUUUGCUCAUUUAUAUGUAGAAAUGCCCCUGAGAAAUUAAGAUGGUGUCUGGUUGGCCAGGUGUGUGACUUAGCAGCAGUACACCUUGCAGGGCAGCUGGCUUAGCCUAAUAUAUUUAAGAUUAAAAAGGAGAGGAAGGGCAAAAGAACUGAGGUAUGCUGGCAAAGUCCUGGGAAUUGGACCCCCUGGGCCACCCCUCCAACAUCCCUGUAUGUUCCUGUAAUAAUUUUAGAAGCCUCCUGUAGAGGGGAGAUUGAAUGCUUUAUGUCAAAGUUUCUUCUAGUUACUGAGUGGGUAGAACUAACUACAGUGGUGCCCCGCAAGACGAAUGCCUCGCAAGACAGAAAACUCGCUAGACGAAAGAGUUUUCCGUUUUGGAGGUGCUUCGCAAAACGAAUCUGCUAUGGGCUUGCUUCGCAAGACGAAAAUGUCUUGCGAGUUCCUGCGUUUUUUUUUCCCUUUCCCCCCUCUUUUUCUAAGCCGCUAAGCCGCUUAUCUGCUUAUCCGAUAAGCUGAUAAGCCGCUAAAAGCCGCUAAAAGCCGCUAAUAGCGCUAAUCCGCUAAUCCGUCAAUGGGCUUGCUUCGCAAGACGAAAAAACCGCUAGACGAAGAGACUCCCAGAACGGAUUCUUUUCGUCUUGCGAGGCACCACUGUACUACUAACAAACAUAACUGCAAAUCAAGCUAAACUACUUUGCCCCUAAGAGGGCUGUGUCAGAACUACUAAACUGGUUAGUUAGGGAACACGCCCAAAAAUCCACAGUAUAUAUUCCUUAAAAUAUAACAGCUGCCAGCCAUGUUAAUUUUGGGAGUUUGGACACGGAGAAGAAAGUAACUUUUUCCUGUUUUCUCUUAGUCUGGAACAAGGGAAGAUGUUUUUCUUCAUUGGAAUUACGAUGGCUGUGAUCCAAGGAGGUUACACUCGCCAGAUUGAGCCAGGAAACGAAGUGAAGACUGUAAAAAGGGUGGGGCUUGCUUUCCAUUUGAAGUAGUCUUUCUUGUACUGUCUUUUGCUUCAUGCAUACUUGAAGAAUUUUCAGGAAAUGUGUCUUCUGUCAUUUAACUUGUAAUAGAUCCUGUUGAUUUCUCUCCUUUUGUGAGAGAGUACACAAAGCAUUUGUUCAUGUUGGAGAAGGUCAGUGUUCAGUAGACCAUAAUAAUGAGAGAGAGAGAGAGAGAGACUGGCUUUGGGGCUAUGAAGUGGAUAUAAAAUGGUCUUUAAAGUGCAGUUUCUGGUGGUGAUGGUGCCCAAUUCCACCAUCAAACAAAUCAUUUCAAACCAACUAUUUUGUUCCUAGCAUAAAAUUUCUUGUCAGUUCGCCAAAUGAGAAAAGAAAACCAAUAAAAUAAAGGCUCAUUAUCCUAUUCUCUAUUUUCUUGCAGAGAUCUGUAGAAAAAAAACCUAGAGAAAUUCUGAGUCAUCUUCCAUGGCACACUUCUGGUCAUUUUACUCACAUGUAAAAUGCCAUUUUGAAAAACUGUUAAACUUGAGGAAAUUAUCUUUGAAAUGAUAUAGAGCACGUUAACUAUAUACGAAAAUGAAAAAUGGGUCUAUAGGUUGACAUUGUCAUGGAAUCACCCCUACUACAUUGCUCUUUGGUUUUCCCUCCCCUUAAGAAGGAGAGCUCUUGAAUUUCUCAGUGAAAGGGGCUUUUGUGGCAGGCAGGGGCGGGCAAGAAAGGAGAAGGGAAAGGAUGAAGGUGGCCAUUGACUCCCCCCUUGCCUCAUCCAAAUGUUGCCACGUUCCAGGGAGCCAGCCAUAGCUGUUUCAAGGUGAGCAGAUGCCUGCAUCUCAAUAGUUGAAGCAGAAGACAGAGCGGGAGCCCAACUGCUCUCAGAGUAGGGCAGGCCCAGGAGAAGAAGAUUUGGGUUUUCACUAGAGUUUGUGUACUGUAAAACCAUGAACUUUCUCACUUUGCCCCCUUUUCUUUUCGACAGGCAAUAAUGGCAUCAGCUCUGGGUUUCCUUUUUGUUGGCUGGAGUUCUAAUAUGAUCCUCCUGGGCACGGGACUGUUGUUUUACUCCUUUGGUGAGCUUCUCAAACAAAUCUUUUCAGGCGCUAAAGCAAAGCGAAAUUGGCUCCAUAGAUUUCUUGAGUUCAUUAAUGCAGAAUGGAUUUAGGUUUCCAAACUGCCUUUGUUGCUUAUCAGUCUUGAAGGAGAUGUCCUUUCGAGUUUAUUUUAAUGCUAAUGACAUGAUAGAAGUUGCCAUGGUGAUGUUUAAACACGUCAUUAACUUGUGUCGCCUCAGCUUAUGGUUGAUCUUUCCAGCCUCCUUCUAGGGGCUGAAGAGGAUAUCUAAAUUGUCAAUAAUCCUGGCUUAGCAUGCUUUUCCAAAAAAGAAAUGUGAUGUCCCCGACUGCUGUUUAAAUACAAAAUAGACAUCUACAGGCAGAGGAAAGUUGCAUAGUCCAGGCUGUCCAAUCAGGGCUUGAGUUCAGUUAAGCGCAGGGGUCAGCAUACUUUUUCAGCAGGGGGCCGGUCCACUGUCCCUCAGACCUUGUGGAGGGCCGGACUAUAUUUUGAAAAAAAAUUAGAAAUGAACGAAUUCCUAUGCCCCACAAAUAACCCACAGAUGCAUUUUAAAUAAAUUGACACAUUCUACUCAGGUAAAAACACACUGAUUCCCAGACCGUCUGCAGGCCGGAUUUAGAAGGCGAUUGGGCUGGAUCCGGCCCCCGGGCCUUAGUUUGCCUACCCAUGAGUUAAGGCAAGGACUCUUGAACCUAGAGGAUGCUCAGUUUCCCAGUUGACUGCUGAGGAGAUGGACCAGUCUUUUCUUUGCAACUUAAUCCCUGAAUUGCAAAUACUGCAAAGCUCAGCAAAAGACCAGCAAGGUAUUUUCCAAAAGAAAGGCCUUACUGGAAAUUUCUGUUCUCUGACUGGAAGGGAUUCCAUCACCUUUUGAUGGCUCCUUCCUCUGGAUCCUCAUCUUUGGCUUUUUCUCCAGAGGAAGGGGGUGUGCUGACCUCAUAGAUCAGCUUGGAAAGCUUGAGGAGCCCCCCUGUCCCUUGCUGCAAAUACAGAAAGGCCAUCUGGCAACAGGAGCUCUUUUAUCAUGCUUGUGAAAAAAUAUUGCUGAGGGGAAGGUUUGAGCACUGGAAGGUCCCCCAACAAACUCCUCCCCGUGUUCACUUAAAGGCAGAAGCCUGAAGGACCAGCCACCUCCCAUUUCCUGCAUCACAGGGGGUUGGACUGGAUGACCCUCAGGGUCCCUUCCAAUUGGACAAUUCUGUGAUUCCAUGAUGCCAGUCCUGAAAAAGAGCAAGAGUUAGAAUGCCCUCCGGGAGGCUUGCAGACAGAAAGCCACAGUAUGGACAUUCCUGUUUUCUCCUGAGGCUCCUGGAAGGUAUUUGUUCGGGAUCUACCAGCGUGAUCAACUAAGGCAGGCAUCCCCAGACUCGGCCCUCCAGAUGUUUUGGGACUACAAUUCCCAUCAUCCCUGACCACUGGUCCUGCUAGCUAGGGAUGAUGGGAGUUGUAGUCCCAAAACAUCUGGAGGGCCGAGUUUGGGGAUGCCUGAACUAAGGGAUAGUUUUUGGUAUGACUAGCAUCUGCCUGACCAGCACUUUCAGAAAAAAACCAAACCUCACCCUAAAUUGUCAUUAGGACUUAAAUUCUGAAUUCAUCACUCCAGCAGUGUUUAAAGGGGGUGAGGGAAGCUGAUUCAGAGAGCAGUUUGGCAAACUGCUUUAAUUAAGACAGUCUCUGUGCUCCUGUAUGAGCAAACAGGAGUGGAGGAGCUGUUUUAAAGCCUUUGCAAAAGCCUCUUUGUGCAGCGUGUGUAUGAGAACGACUUCAAAUGACACUUUUGCGUAGGGUUUAAUCCCCAUUCAAGUGAUGAGCAGGGAUUCGAUCCUGCUGUUUUGGCUAUGGAAUCUUGUUUCCCACUGGGAACUGGAUCGUAGCCCAUGCAGAAUUAAACCUUCUCCUCCUGCCAUCCAUUGUUAACACAUUUGCAUUCUCACUUGUUUAAUCAUUUUCUAACCUGUUAUUAAAUUACUUCCAGCUGCUGCUACGGUUGUUCCUUGUUUGUCUACGGUGGUGUCUGGAUAUGGUACGUGGCUGUUUACUCUUGUAACGGGCAGAGCCCUUCUCUAAGGAGUUUUUUGCUUGCUCUUUUAACUGUGUGUUGAAUCUUUAAAGCCAGGCUGCUGUCAGAUUCUGUUGCCUCAUAGUUGGAGAUAGAUUAAACACAGAGUUGGAAAUUGAUUCCACUUGGCGUUGGCUCCUGCUCUGUUUUGUACAGCACGCAGUAAGGACAGUAGGUGUGGUUCAGACAAAUGCAAGCACUCGAAGUACCAUUAAUUUUUGUGGAAAUGAGUGAAGGAUCUGUUUAACUCUCCCGUUAAGAAAUGUGGGACUUCAAACGGCUUAUUACUGACUGGGGCAUGCCAAGUUUUUAUAGACUGCUUAUUCCUAUAUGGUGCUAGCGACUACAGAUACCUUACAGUAGAGCCCACAAAAUGAUCUCUAAAUAAAAUAAUACAUUUUUGCAGGUGGAAACUAUUGCCCUAUUUUCACAUGUUGUAUGAGCACAAGGGAAGAUAAAGACAUUCAGUUCAAAGUAAUGGUAGGAAUGACCAAGAAUGGCUAAGUAGAAAAUCUGUCCUCUAACCCAAGGAUUUGCUCAACAUUCCUCUGCCGGUUAACUGGCGAAUAAAAUAUACCUCAGGGAGCCUCACAGAUGGAAAUGUAGUUUUGAUGCUGAGUUUUAGCAGCGAAGUACACUCAAGAUUGUGGGAUUUAGGCCUCACAUGCUGGUGGUAAACAUGCCUGAACAACUCUCCUUGUUUCUCAUAAAAGCAAAGUUGAGAAGAACUUCUAACACUAUUACUCCAGUUGCACCUAAAAAUACAAGAUUAAAGGGACAAGAAUGAAAUGGAGAUAGUUAGAAUGCUCACUGGGUUUGACAGUGCAGACUUGUUCUCAUUUUUUGAAUAACUGAAGGAGUUGGGUUAUGUUGAAAGUGUUGCUUGGUAGCUGGGGUUGUUUCUUUUGUUUGUAAGCCAUCCAGGGCAUUGUCGUCAAUGGACAGCUGUCUAAAUGUAAGAAGUAGAUGAACUACAGCAGCUUUUUAGUCUGAGACAUCAUGGCAAACGCACAGAUACUCCUGCUACCUCCCUGCUACAUAACUCCUUCCUUGACUCCACUACUUUGCAGCCAUUUUGUUUGAGCUCUCAAAUCUGGGUCUGCUGACCAAUGCAUAGUUCCAGCCUCAAUAACUCUCAGGAGGCAGUGGAUCUGGUCUUCCUAACCAGGGCCUCGGGAUAAGGAUGCACGGUUCCCUCUUAAAGACCCAAUCCUUUAUCAUUUUAUUUCUCAGAUGUUUUAUAGUGCUGGUCUCUAAGUGUUUUGCCUUGGUAGGGAAAGCCAAGAAGUAAAAAACUGACAAGUAGUAAAUGAUGAUGGUUCUUUCUUUCAUAGGGUUAGCCAGCCAAAAGGGAACCCUAAUGGGAAUCUUAAGGAGUCUGGGGGCCCUCGCAAGAGCUUUUGGACCAAUUGUGUCAGCAACAGGUAAUUGUGCAUGUAUGCGUGUGCUCACAUGCGCCCUUGUCGGCAAUAGAAACAAUAUAUGGAUUUCACCAGGGAGAAGAUUGAACCUCGCAUUGCGUAUCACGGAAGGUGUUUCAGCUAUGGUAGGAUUCCUGUUUUCAUGCUUUUGUCAGGAAAGGUUGCAAUAGCAACAUGCAUUUUCCUCGAUACUACGAAGCGUGGCUGUGAUACAGAGAAGUGCAUCCAUGCACCCCACAUUUUGUUUGUAAUUUGCAUCACAAGAUAGUCUUGGCAGCCAGCUAAAAUUAGAAACUUGCAUCUCUCCCUCUCCCUUCUAACGUCUAAAACUACAAAAUGCCUGCCUUGAGGUUGUUGCAGGUCACUUUCUUUGCCCUUGCUCCAGUUUUUGUUUGUUGUGGGGACUCUUCAGCCCCUCACUCAACCUUCCCUUCCCACCAUUAGGUUUAAGAAACAUCUUUUGUAUAAGAGCUUUUUUAAAGGGGAAAUGCUGCUGGUCAAAGUCCAGUCUCCAAAUGCUUUUUGAACUUAGGAGCUUUAAAAAUCAAUUUGGGUAUUCUUCCAGGGAAAUUCUGAGGGGAAAAGAUAAGGCUUUUAUCUCACUAUGGGCUUGCUGUAGAUGUUUCUGUGUGUGCUUUGACUCAAACUAGCUCUGUUUUGGAAAAGGAAGCAUUUGAGGCUCCCCCAGGAACUGACCUUCCUAUAGCACUUGCUGACUAGAGAGAAGCAGUGUUUUGAACCCCGGUUACCUCACAGGAGCCUCCCUAUAGCUUGCGCCAGGCACAGAGCUUCAGAAAAGCAAACAGACCUGCAGCAAAACGUUUGUGGAGCUGAGUCACAUCCUUGCCCCUUUCCCAUCCAUGAGGCUUUCCUCAUGGCAGAGUUCCUGGAGGAUUUUCUGAAACUUGCCGUCUUGGGCAAAUGUGGUUAUUUUUUAUUGGGCCCUGGCUGCUGCCAGUCUGUUGAUAUCGUUGGAUAGGAGCAGAGGAUUCUGCUUUCCGUUCAAAAAUUCCAGUCCAGGUAAUAUUUAAUUCUGGUGAGGAAAAGCUGCAUCUUCUGGGAAAGGCAGAGCUCUUCUCACUCAGUUUGGUACAAACUGUUUUGUGGAGGCCACUUUAGGAAAGUUCUUGCUUUUUUCUGAUUAACAAUAUUCUUAAAUGCUGUUUUUCUCCUUCCUUUCUUUCCAGUAUACUGGCUGGCAGGAGCUGAAGUUUGUUUCACGGUCUGUGCCUUUUCGUUCCUCCUCCCCUUCAUUCUCCUUGGAUACAUUCAAAAGCAAAGGAAAGAGUAA